CUUCUUGUUGCGAUGGACUUCCUCAAGUCUGCCGUCGCCUCGGCCAUCUCCAAGGGUCCCGCCUUCGGCUACUCAUUCGGCGACAGGGUGGACAUAGAUCAGUCCAUUUGGACCCUUCAUAACGGCACAAAGCGAGAUGAUGGCUCCAAAUGCAGUAUUCUCUCGUUCGACAUUGCCGCCAACAAGUCGCGCCUGCCCCUAGCCAAGAAUGCGCUGCGCAAACUGCGGACCAUAAGGCACCCCGGUGUCAUAAAAGUGCUGGACACGGUGGAGACGGAGACCUAUAUCUAUAUUGCAACUGAGCGCCUGACGCCGCUGGGCUGGUAUACACGUAGAAAGAGCUUGGCAGAAGAGACAAUCAAAUGGGGCUUGCACAAUGUGGCCAAAACGCUGAAGUUCAUCAACGGCGAGGCAACUUCGGUCCAUGGUAGCAUACGUGUCUCUUCCGUCUUCACCAGCGAGAGCGGCGAGUGGAAGCUUGGAGGGUUUGAUGUUUUGAGCUCGAUCAAGGAGGAUGAUGCCGUCAUCUACACAUACGGUAGUCUGGUACCCGACUCUGGUCGCUAUGCGCCGCCUGAGAUCGCCAAGAGCGGAUGGGGAGUGAUCAAGUCGAAUCCUAUCACAGCUGUGGAUGCCUACGACUUUGGCAUUUUGACUUACGAGGUGUUCAAUGGCGGGUUCCAGAGCACCGAUCAGCUCGGGCAGCUGAAGUCAGUGCCGCCGACCAUGCAGCAGAGCUACAGGCGGCUUAUCAACCCAAGCCCUAAGGCGCGGCUAAGUGUUGGCGGUUUCCUUGAUCAAGGCAACAGGAAUGGAGGUUUCUUCCAAACCCCUUUGAUCCAGCUUACUGAAGGUAUCGAAAGCCUUGGUUUGAAGGGCGAAACUGAACGGGACGAGAUUUUGAAUCAGCUCGAUGAUGUCUCGGACGACUUCCCAGAAGAAUUUUUCAAGAUGAAGGUCCUCCCCGAGCUACUGAAAUCGGUUGAAUUCGGUGGGGGUGGACCAAAGGUCUUCAGUAUAGUCAUGAAAAUAGCUACGAAGCUGUCCGACGAGGAGUACGAAGCGCAGAUAACCCCUGUCAUUGUCAGGCUCUUCGCUAGUCCAGACCGAGCAAUCCGCGUUUGUUUGUUGGACAACCUGCCACUAAUGAUAGAUCACUUAUCCAACAAGGUCGUUAAUGACAAGAUCUACCCGCAAAUGGUCACUGGCUUUUCUGACGUAGCGCCAGUCAUGCGAGAGCAAACAGUUAAAGCUGUGCUCACUGUUAUUAAUAAACUGUCGGAUAGAGUUGUCAACGGAGAUCUUCUGAGAUAUCUCGCAAAGACAGCAAACGACGAACAGCCAGGAAUCAGAACCAACACAACAAUCUGUCUUGGGAAGAUUGCUAGGAACCUUGGCCCGAGUUCUCGGACCAAAGUGCUUACAGCAGCGUUUGCGCGCGCACUUCGCGACCCAUUCGUGCAUGCACGUAACGCAGCCCUUCUUGCGUUAGCAGCAACGUCGGAUCUCUACACCGAAGACGACUGCGCCACCAAGCUCCUCCCCGGCAUCUGUCCCUCCCUCAUCGACAAGGAGAAGCUCGUGCGAGACCAAGCCAACAAAACCCUCGAUAUCUACCUCACGCGCAUCCGCAAGCACCAAACCACGCUCCCGGAAACUGUCCUCCCGCCGCCCACAGCGCCCGACAGCACCGGCAACGCCAUCCCCCGCAUCGGAACGCCCUCAUCCGACGCCGCCUCCUGGGCCGGCUGGGCGAUCUCCUCCUUCACGAACAAACUGGCGAGCGCAUCCGGCGAAAUUGAGCCCAAAGUUGCGACCACAGCCACGACACCGGCGCUCACUGAGCCCGCGCGCUCCUCCUCCGUCCCGCCACCGGCAACAAGUCCGCGCCCGCAGUCCUCCACUGGCACGGCCUCACAGCUGCACCGUCAGACACUCUCCAAGCAUACGUCGGCGAAUCCAUUCGCCGCGGAGGCAGCGGAGGCCGAGGAUUUCGACGCCGCGUGGGGCGAUGAGGAUGCAGGCGACGACGCCGCGGCAGCGUGGGGUGACGAUGAUGAUUCCGCCGCCGCAUGGGGCGCGGACGACCCAUUUGCACCGGCGAAACCGAAGGCCAAGCCUGCACCGGCGGCAUUUGACGACGGCGGCGAGCCAGACUUUGCGGGGUGGUUAAAUGCGCAGGCGGCCGCGAAAACGCAAUCGAAGAAGCCGUUGCCAAAGGGACUGGGUAAAACGGCGGCAAGACCGGGCGUGGGCGCGAGAGCGGGCAGUGCGCCGACUCCGUCAGCGGCGGCGAAGAAGGUUGUUCCUGUACGAGAGAAACGGGAGAGUGGGAUUAAGAAGAAGGAGGUUGUGGCGGCGAAGAAAGAGCCAGAGGAGGAAGAGAUGGACGAGGGGUGGGGGGAUGCGUGGGAAUGAGGAAGUGAGCGGGCGGGAUUGGAUGGUUGUUAGCGUUUUGCAUGGGCGGGCGUCGUCGGUUGGGUAGCAAGUGUGUUGUUUAGCCAUAGGGACUGAGAGUAGGUAGCGUUGGAUUGGCAGAUAGAUAUAUAAUUCCUUGGACACUCCA